AUGGUCUCUUCUGAUGACCUUUUGGAAUGGCUGAGACCAUUCUGUGGAGACGACUCUUUGCCAGUGAAACCUAGAAUUGAUGUGUUGCAAAUUAUGGAACAAGCAUUUAAUCUCAAUGAUGAAGACAGCAAGUUGCUUGUAUUUUUCCGAACUCAGGCUGUUCUUAAAGCCUCUUGGCCAGAAAAAAAGGUAUGUGUAACUUAACAACUUUAAAAUAUUGUUUGUGUGUUUAAGAAAAAACUGAAACAUAUGUGGAAAGUGGAGUCACCUUUUCUAAAUAUCAGUAACCCAUGUUAUGUGAAGAUAAGAGGGAGAGCACCUUUUUGUAAAAUAAAAACGGUGUUACUCACCUAUUGUUACUUGUUUUGAAAAUGUCUAUAUAACAGUUGGUUGACAUUAUAAAAAUUUAGAUGAUUCUUCAACGAAAAUAAACAAUUUCUUAGUAACAUAUUUCCCAAAAUCCACUAGGUUUAAAAUGAUUAAAUUUACUCAAAACAUUUUAAACUAUAAAUAAACUAUGUAAACAAAUGUAUUGCUAUGCGACUCCGCCGACCCCUUCCUCUUCUCCCUUUAAUCAUAUUAGUAUAGCUACCUAUUACUUAAGGUGAGACAUUCUUUUUUUUACAGGUUCACCCACAUGUCUGCUUUGACACAACAAAUCUGAGUUUUCCCGUAGGUAGUUAUUGAAUCAUCUUGAACUCAUAACUGUAGACUUCUUCAUUAAACUUUAUUUUGUCAUUAUGUCAUUUUUAGCUGUUGUCCCCGGCCACGAUAUCAUAUUUAGCUUUAUUUUAGACCCUGUUGUUUUGAUUCACUUUAUUGCUAACAGUAAUAGAGUUAAGGUAAAGUCUCUUGACAUCCAAUUCGACAUGCUAACCCAUUAGAUAAGACAACUACUGCUUUCUCUAUCAAUAUUUUCCCAUCAAUAAAACAAAUAUCCUAUCUGGUCAAGCUAGUGGAACUAAGGAAACAUGGAACCUUAAAUAUCCAAUUAACCUCAGACUAACCUGGACACUGUUGCAACAUUUCUGAGAAAAUGUUUUCGCUUUAAUUGGAUAAAGUAGAAAUUAUUUGAACAAAAGCAAUGUGUGAUCUUGUUACAGGAGCUUUCAUUUUAAGAAAAGUGUUACAAUAUAAAAUGUAAAUUGCCAUUUCUAAGAAGUUACAUUCUGUCACCAUAUAGAAAAAAAAAAAAAAAGGAAGUCUCUUAGAAAUGUCUAUACCCAUCUCUCUUAUACAGGAUUAUCAAAGCAAUUUAGUCAUUUACUGAGACAUAAACACAGUUGUAAGAAGGAAAAAUCAAAGCAAUAUUGUUAUGUUUGUCUCACUGUCUCGUUACUCUUGUGAAAUCCAAGUUUCUACACAGAUGAUUUUCACAGAACAACAAUUUACGAUAAUAGUUUGACAGCCUGAAAAUAAAAUAGCAAAAUGCACGAUCUCUGUAGAAGAUGAGUGUUCUCUUUAUUAAAGGACCACUCUAGGCACCCAGACCACUUCAGCUUAAUGAAGUGGUCUGGGUGCCAGGUCCAGCUAGGGUUAACCCAUGUUUUCAUAAACAUAGCAGUUUCAGAGAAACUGCUAUGUUUAUGAAUGGGUUAAGCCUUCCCCCUAAUCCUCUAGUGGCUGUUUCAUUGACAGCCACUAGAGGCGCUUGCGUGCUUCUCACUGUGAUUUUCACAGUGAGAGCACGCAAGCGUCCAUAGGAAAGCAUUAUGAAUGCUUUCCUAUGUGACCGGCUGAAUGCGCGCGCAGCUCUUGCCGCGCGUGCGCAUUCAGCCCAGGAGGAGGAGAAGAGGAGGAUCGGAGGAGGAAAGCUCCCCGCCCAGCGCUGGAAAAAGGUAAGUUUAAACCCCUUUCCCCUUUCCAGAGCCGGGCGGGAGGGGGUCCCUGAGGGUAGGGGCACCCUCAGGGCACUAUAGUGCCAGGAAAACGAGUAUGAUAUAGCUCCUCAAAGUGUGAGUGUGAAUAUAACACCUUUGUUCUUGUGGAACUAUAUCGUUCAUACAUACUGUACCAUUAUUUGUAUUUUUGUUUCUCUUUUUUUUAAGUUACUCUGCUGGCCAGUAUUUCUACAAAACGUAUGUACAUUUUCUGAUUUUUAGCGCUGUUCACCUUUCUAUUUUAUCUGUCUAUUUAAAACAAAGUUUAAGUAGUCAUAGGGAGGACUGUCCAUAGUGACAACCGAUGCCUAGAACAGAAAAACAGGGAGCAUAUGAAGGGAGCCUUUGCAGAUGCAGAGAAAUUUAAUGUUAAUAGUAAUUAUGGUUGGUAAAACGGUGAGCACAUCUGCAAUAGUGGAUGCCAGUAUCACCUUCACUUACUACUUAGUGCUGUCCAGGAUGGGGAAUUGUCGACCAGAUUAGACACUUACUCUGACCAUCAUGGUGACUCCAGUAGCAUGGUCAUCAGUGUAAGGUCAACUUUCUACUCUAAUAUGGCAAAUUUCCAAAGCUGGCUGGUAACACGUUGCUUCCAGAUCAGGUCUGAGUUGGGUCUCCUGGUUCUACGCAAUCUGUCUGCUAACUUCAAACUCCUCAUUGUAUGCAGGCUGGUCUUGGAGUGGAUGGGAAACUGCCAAUCCUCUGAAUAAAAAAAUGUGUAAUAACAUAUAUAAUUAUUGUCACUGGUCAUAGAAGCUCACGUGGAUGGUUUCCCUCUAAGUCACAUUUACAGCUCUUAAGGGCCAGCAACAUAUGUCUGCGUGUUUGCCAGCCCACUAUUGGACUUUAUCCUCACAAAUUAAUAUUUAAUUAAAAGUGGACAAUGCAUCGUGUUUCACUCUAGCCAUUUGAAUACCUUUCAUGUAGUCAUUUCACAGGACGCUCUGCACUAACUUGUGCAACAUUGUUUUCCUCUGCUAUAUCUGUCACACACACAAUGCACUUUGUGACUUUAGACGUGUGUGCUGAGAGUUGUAUUAUGCAGUAAAUGGAAAGGCUUUUUCCUAGCAGCCCUGUUGCUUUGAAACAUUAGUAAAUAAAAUCAACUUUUUGUCAAAAACAUUUUUAUUAUUUGUGUACACAUUUUAUUAUGAUGUGUAUUUUGAUGCAUAGAGUUUGACAGUCAAAACCCCACUUAUCUGAAAUAUUUUAAAUCAGAUUGAAGAUGUCUCUUUUUAUAUAGCAUGCAAUUAACAGACCGCCAUCUGCCAUACACUCAAUGUCUAUAUUUAACUAUUUAUAGUACAAUUUCUUUUGUCAUUUUAAUUCUUCUCUCCAUUUUUUCCCCCAGUCAUUUUUAGAAUUUUUAGAAAUUGUGCUGUUGUUUCAGUACUGACACAGGUGCUCACCUGACUCACAAACUCUACAGUAAUAUACCCUCAAUCCCUAGGGUAGCGUUUUUGUUCAGUAGUGGCAAGCGCCUGCUGCACUGUACGGAAUUUCAUCUUUACUUGCAUGCCACAAGCACACUCAUUCAAUUCCGGAAACAAUAUAUCUUCUAAAAUUACGUUUAGAGACUCGCUUUUAAAAUUUAAGGAAUUAAUUUUUCACAGACAGACAAAAUAAACAUAUUUAACACCAUAGGAAUUUAUAAUUUAAUUAAAUAAUAAACUAUUUGCAGACUUCAAAUAAAGAUUGAUAAAUAGUGAGCACAUAGUUCUAUUUUAAAACAUUACAUGUAUUUGCAGUUUUUAAAAUUAAGAAAUUCAUGUAAGCUUUGUUUUUACAUAGUCAACUAUUCAUGUCAGACCCAGGGUCGAAAGGGCUUCAGGACAAUAAUUUAUACUACUGCAUGGGUGAAGCGAGGGGAACAUUCCAACACAAUUCAUAUUUAAAUUAGUAUGUGGGACUAUUUAUUGGAGUCAGAGUAUUGCAUUGUGAGAACAGAGACGAGGAAGAAUAGGAGUUGGUAGUGAUGGCAGCAGUAAAGAGAAGUAGUGGGAGUUGGUAUAUAGUGAGUGAAGUAAAUGAUGGUAUGAGUUAGGAGCAAGUCACACUGUGAGUAGGAGCCAGUUACUGGUAGGAUUUGGUAAUGUCAGUAUGUGUGUUAGAAGUAGGACUGUGAAGUGACAGCAGAAGCUAUGGUGAGUAGUGUAACAGUUGGGAGUACGAAUCACAAAGGAUUGGGUAGUGAAAAGUCAUUACACGACAGAAUUUUGGGACACAGCUACUCCUCGCCACUGCUCCGCAGUAUGUGAGUUCACAUUGCACAAAACGCACUCUGUUUUGCACAGCCCUGAGUAGAGUUCAGUAAGCAAAACAUUCCGCAUCGUUAAUCACCUAUAACUGGACUGCUGAAACCUUUAUUUCCAAUGACCUAUUGCAUAGCAGAUCCACUUGUGGUUUACUAAAUAGGAUUACAUUUACCAAACAGCGCAAGUCUGAUAAAUACACUCCAGAAAACUAAAGAAUUGCCAGUCUCCGUUUUCUUAUUACUUGCUGAUUUGGAAUAUUUUGGAGAUAUCACCACCCAGGUUGACAACGUGACAUAUAUAAUUCUUAUAUUCUCCAACAUUUGUGUGAGUGAAAAUGGCACAAUGCUAAGUAUUACUCAUACUUUAGGAAGAUAGGUUUAAAGAUAUUGAAAUGCUCAUUUUAGCAGUAUGUGUGUGAAAGCUACUCUUAGUUUGUCAGGUAAUCCUCUUAGUGUGUAAAUCAAAGUGGGGCUUAAUAUUUAAUUACACUGCGGGUGUUUUUGGAAGAGGUUCACAAAUCAAUGUGCUGUCGGGAUGCCAUCCAACUUGUGAAAUAUCAAGAAAUGUGCUAUGUUUAGAGACAUUUUCAACAUCUCUAGUCGCUGCAACCGCCACUUCUCUAAUGAUUAGUUAACAAAAUUAAAAAUUCAAAAGUCCUCAUUUUUUAAUGGCUCCAAACUCCUUAUUUUUCAUUCAAGGGACAUCUAGCGGUUUCUAGGAUGGGAGAAUAGUCUGUGUUGUUCUAAUCCCCUUGGCACAUUUUAUCUGGGCCCUCCAGGUUCUGUAAUUUUCUAGUUAACUGGUGCAUAAAAAAUAUGGGUCAAAAUACUGACAUUUUCUUUAAAAAAAUUGCAUUCGGUAUAAAAUGAAAAUGGUUUUACAUUGUGAAUUCUAGAUUACGAAACCAUAAAUUUCAGUGCAGCGUCAUUUCUAUUAAAUCAUAGCAAAUUCACUUUAAAAGCAGUUCCUAGAACAUAGUUAAUGCACAUUUUAUAUAAAGCUACAGUUCAUAUAUAAAGGCGUGCAAGCUUACACUGUUACUGUACUGAAUGUGUUGUUUAUUAAAAUACAUACACCAUACGUUCAACAAUGUUUUAUAUCCAUUGCAUGAUCAACAUGUUUCUUUGUGAGAGAUCAGAUUCUCUACAGCUGGUUAUGAUUAUAAGUGAAUGAUGUUUUAAACAUUUUUUGUGAAUUAGUUUUUCAGUCCCUCACUCCAGUACAAAUUGAGGUGACAACUGCAGCAUGCUACCUGACCAUCGUUUGUCCUCUCAGUGAUGCAUCACAUGUGACGCUGUGCGCCAUUCUGGAGUCAUUUUUGACCUGGACUGCUCAAUUUCAGCCUAUUUUUAUGCGGAAAAUGAUUCAAGACUCUCACCGUUCCUGUGACAGCAGUAUUGUACAUGUUGGUGUCAUCCUAGUGACGCUGAUGUACCGGAUUGAUGCAUUCCUUAUUUAA